ACAAAUGGAGGAAUGUGUGUUAGCUCCAUGAAAGCAUUAUUACAAAGGACUGUUGAGACCCUGAGAUGAUUCCAUCGUCUGUACCUGCUGCUAAUGCUUGGCUGAGGUCCAGACACAUCAAUGUCCCGGGGGACUGGCUGGAGGCUUGUGUAGAGUGGAUUACUGAGGAAAAUCAGGGAGUCCAGCUCUCUCAGACACAGUUAAAUGGACUGAUUUUUGAGCAAUGGCUUCUUGCAGACCUGCAUGAGAUUGGAUCCAGCUGCCUACCAGAGCAAGUAACAUCCUCCAAAGAAGUCCAGAUUAAUGGGAUGUUUGCCCUACAAGUAGAUUCCAUGGUGGAUGUUGGGAAACCUUACUAUGGACAGUUACAGAGGGUUCAGGGAACCAGCACAGGGAACAUGGAGGUCACAGCGGAACCCACUCCUCCAUGGGAACCUAAGCCAACUCGGAUGAUGUUGUUGAACUUGACAGAUGGGAAUUUCAAUGUACAGGGGAUGGAGUACAAACAGAUUCCUAGUCUGAACAACCAAAUAAAGCCAGGCUGUAAGAUCCUUGUGAAGGGUAGGGUGCGUUGUCGGCGGGGCAUACUGAUGUUGACAGCAGACAAUGUUACAGUACUGGGAGGGGAGGUGGAUUCACUAGUGGAGAGUAACACACCACAGAGUGUCCUUAAACAAGCAAU